AAUAUAGAUCCAGCGAAUGUUCGAAGGGAAAUCGACACGAAGCGAAAUCAAUAGACACGGAAAACAAUUUGCUUUAUUGAAUACUUGGUCUAUUCAAUUUAAAAAUGUGCGAAUCUUGCAGCUGACUCGGAGCAUCGGCCCGGUAUAGUAUGUAUGUAUCUAUCUGAAACUUUGUCGAUAAACAGUAGGUGAACUAGCGAUGUUAUAUUUGAUCUCUCUCCUUAAUAUUUAAUCACAGUAGAAGAUUUCGCCCCGCUGAGACCCCUAUUCACGGCAAUAUUUUUCAACAUCAUGGGCCUGUCCGGUGGAUUCUUAUGUACAGUUCUGUGCCUUUUUUGAAAUAUUGAUUGGGAAGCGAAAUGUUCCGUAGCAAGCGAAUAAUAAAUAAUAGUGGAAAAAAAUCAAUGGUUUAUAUCACUCCGGUAUACACUACCAACAAGCUCAGCGUUCUAGCAUAAUUAUCUAAAAAUUCUUUGUUUCUGUUCGAUUCCCUGUGCCAAAUGUACCCAAGUGCAAAAUAAAGGGGUUUCCAUAAAAGUUGGAUGUACCAGGCUGGGUUAACUCCCCUUCCCUGAAGAUGAACUAAUUGUGUCUACCCCGCCUGAUUGUGAGCGAUAUAUCGAUCGCCUGUCUGUACAGCACAGCGUUGUUCCGUAUGUUGUAACGAGAGGCAGAAACUACACAACAGAAUUUUCUAUUGUAUGCAGAGCGAAGGCACACAGCGAUGGAGGCGAAAUCCCCUCCUUGUCCUUUCAGCACGGAAUAACUUGGGAGUCCCCAGUCGUCUGGGAGGCCAUAAAAAAUACGUUGAUCAUUCAGGAUAUUUACAUGUAAAUCGGAGUGAUUGAGAGAAAUACUCAUUGAAUGUGGGGUAUGGAUAAUGCGACCGUGAAAUGUAAACCUACGCGGGUUGAUCGGAGUGUCUAAUCUGUGUCAUGGCUUUACGGGUCUGGAGCUAAAGAUGGUAAGGUUGGCGUGCUUUAUAUUAUUCCCAGAUAGGGUCAUUUUAUGCAUGACCUCUACGAAUACAAUAACAAAUUAAAAAUCCAAAAUUGUUUUCAUUCCGCAAUUUGAGUCUUUAUCAUCGAGCAAGGGGAACGUGAUGGCGUCAGUUGCAGCGUGGCUGCCUUUUGCCCGGGCGUCGGCGAUCGGAUGGGUGCCUGUCGCCUCCAAUCCCCUCCCUCCUCCCAUGGUCCGCCAGGAAGACAGACGAGGGGAUGAGAAAAUUACGAUAAAUGUCAGCGGGAGGGUUUUUGAAGUAUGGAGGACUACACUAGAAAAAUACCCCGACACCCUUUUAGGCUCUAACGAAAAAGAAUUCUUCUAUGAUGAGGAAUGCAAAGAUUAUUUCUUUGACAGGGAUCCCGAACUUUUCCGGCAUAUUCUGAACUACUACCGAACAGGAAAAUUACAUUAUCCUAAACAUGAAUGUUUGGCGGCUUAUGACGAGGAACUGGCAUUCUUUGGGAUUCUCCCCGAUCUUAUAGGAGACUGUUGCUAUGAAGAUUAUCGCGACCGAAAACGCGAAAAUCAGGAACGACUUAUUGACGACAAGAACUCUGAAAAUGGUCACUUAGAACCUGUGGCUAAUCUCAGGGAACGGAUGUGGAGAUGGUUCGAAAAUCCACACAUUGGGACCGCUGCCCUGGUCUUCUAUUACGUCACGGGCUUUUUUAUAGCCAUUUCUGUGAUGGCCAAUGUUAUAGAAACUUUACCUUGUGGGAAAAUUCCUGGCACCCUCGAAACUCUCGCGUGUGGGGAACAAUAUGAAUUAGCAUUUUUCUGUUUAGAUACUGCCUGUGUAAUGAUCUUCACAGCCGAAUAUUUACUUCGCCUUUAUGCAGCACCCGACAGGUGUAAAUUUAUGCGUAGCGUCAUGAGCGUCAUUGACGUUGUGGCUAUUCUUCCGUAUUAUAUAGGACUCGUCAUGACUGAGAAUGAUGACGUCAGUGGCGCUUUCGUCACGCUUCGAGUAUUUCGUGUAUUUAGGAUCUUCAAAUUUUCCCGCCACUCGCAAGGUUUACGAAUUCUGGGAUAUACUCUAAAGAGUUGUGCAAGUGAGCUGGGCUUUCUUCUAUUUUCACUUACCAUGGCUGUAAUCAUUUUUGCUACAGUUAUGUUUUACGCCGAACGAAAUGUGGUCGACACGAAAUUCAUAAGUAUUCCCGAGGCAUUCUGGUAUACCAUCGUAACCAUGACAACACUAGGUUAUGGUGAUAUGGUGCCAAACACUAUUACCGGAAAAAUUGUUGGUGGUUUGUGUUCCCUAAGUGGAGUUUUAGUCAUCGCACUUCCUGUUCCUGUUAUAGUGUCCAACUUCAGUAGGAUAUAUCACCAAAACCAAAGAGCCGACAAACGAAAAGCACAAAAGAAAGCGAGAAUUGCGCGUAUUCGAAUGGCCAAGAACGCUAGUGGCGCCGCCUUUAUCAGCAGCAAAAAGCGGGCGGAAGAGGCAAUUCGGGCACGUGAAAGUGGUCUAGAAGUGGAUGACAUUAAAAACCAGGACACAUUAGAAAUGCAGCACCACCAUUUACUUAGCUGCCUCGAGAAGACUACAGACCGAGAAUUUGUGGAGUUGGACAUGGCGUACAAUGGGGCUCCCAACAAACCGUCCGAGACGCCCCCUCCCUCCCCGGACCCAUCUCUGACGUCACUAGACCGACGGAAAGGCACAGGGUGCUGCGGUCGUAGGUUUUCUCCACAUCGAAGAUUUCUCGUAAAGCGACGAAAUACCGACUCUGAUCAGGAUGACCUGAACGAUAUUCAAAUUCGACUUCCAACAAUAAAUCGAUCCUCGAGAUCCAACUUGAACGCCGUCAGCGGCGGGACAGCAACAUCUAACAGCAAAUCCAACAAUCUCACUGUCACCACCGCCAUCGUCACGCCACCCACUCCUAGCACCACCCCGGAGACCGAGUCCCUUCUGACGCAUCCUGAUCAACCCCCGCCUCCUUACCCCCAGGCAUCAUCACGGAGUCACCAAACUUCACAAAACGCAGGAGAUGUGAAAAUAUCCUCAUUGUGAUAAUGGAUCGGCCAUUAGUUGUCUUUGCAUUUCACCAAGAACUUAGUCAAAUACAGACGUUUGUCUCUCGCAUAUGUGCUGCAAUAAUAUUGAAAAUGAUAUUUGAUUGGGAAAUCGUGUGAGAAUUUUUACCUCAAUGUUUAAAGACUGAAUAGUAAAAAAAAAAAAAGAAUAGAGGAUGAGCUUAAAUCAAAAUCUUGAUGCGAUGACUAAAAAAAAAAAUCAAACACGAGAAACGACGUGAAAUAUUUGCUACAAAUUUUGCCCAAUUAUUUCCAUAUAAUGUAUCCAUGGAAACAAUGCACUGACCACGACGGAAUGUUUAAUCAGUGUGAUUUUUUCACUAUAUGGUCACGUGAUUCUUUUUCCUGCGAAGGAAUAUAAUAAGAGGACAUUAUGUCACGUGAUACUUUCCAGAACGAUUAUUGUUUUGUUUUUUUAAAUAUAUGUCUUUUAGAAAACAUUGCUCACGUAAACUGUUACGUCUAAGUGUGUAGAAUUUGCAUUUUUGUAUUUGGAUCAGAUCGCACAUUUUGUCGUCUCAUCCCGUCCCGUUCAAAGCGAGAUAACUCCAUUUUAUACUCUCUCUAUGUGUGGCCGGCAUUGACUCAGAACACAUCCUGCUAUGCCUCGCAUAACGAGUGGUAUAUAUUAUAUACAUAGAGACAAAACAUUCCUACCUUGAUAUGUUAUUGAUAUAAUUGUUCCGUCAAUCAACCCAAACACAAAACACAUUGGAUACUAAAAGACACGUUACACUCGAAAUAAUUACAUGAGUGGGUUUGGGGAAUAUUUUGAUUGCAAGCAAUACGGUACAUAAAUACAGGAAAUUUGAGAUGUUUCAACAUUGAUUUUUCUUUCAAUGUCCUGUAUAUUUGUGUAUAUGCAUCUUGUGAUUUUUGUAUUUUCCUAAAAACAUUUUUAUCCAAACUUUCAUACUAAAAUCUGGUGUUGAUUCACUGAAUAUUCAUCAAGUUCAUUUGUUUAUAGAUUUUGUAAAACAUGUAACCUGAAACAGUCAUAGAACUAGGUUGAGGUAAUAUUUCAAAUAAUAGCUUCCGCAUUCUACUCAACAAAUUAAAUUUAGAACUAUUUUAACUUAGUGAUUUGGUUACAAGACUAUUCAGACCAUUCAUUAUUUAAAGAAAAAAACCAUCAUGUACAUGACAUCGUAAUAUUCCUUACCAGCGCAGUAAAACCUUUUUGAUAGCUUGCAUUAAACAUCGAGGUCUCCUCUUUUGGGAGAUAGAAACUACUCAUAAACAACCUGGCGACAUCGAUCGCCGAGGGUCUGCUCAUGCGUUAGAAAACAGGCAACACGACCAAUGGUUUCAUGAUAGCAUUGUAGCAUUACAAACGAUGUAUGGAAAACAACAAUACGUUGUAAACAUGGCAUUUACAUUCAAAACUGUUCAUCGGAUAGUUUCAUUUUACCAUAAUUCUUCUCACUUGUAGAUAUUCGUAAUCAAUAUUUCAAGAGUACUUUUUUAUGUUCAAUAAUAGGGCUAAAGUGACACUUUUCUAGAGAGGCUACUAUAAGUAUUAAUUGAUUACAAGGACAAAGUAAGUAGUUCCAGAAAAAAAACACAACCAACAACAGAGAGUAUGUUUUGCGCUGUAUUGUGCGAUUCACCUGACGUGAUUGGGCGGAUAUGACCUUUGACUUUGUCUCGUACGUUACCCCGUGGGGAUUGGUAGAAAGGUUGCUAAAAAUAACUAUUCGUAUGAUCAAUUGUAAAUAAGAUAUGUCUUUAUGUUCUCAGGUGCGUUUUAGUAUAUUGCUCCAAUUAUGUAACACUUUAAUGUAUUUGUAAAAAGGUACAGUUUAUCAUUUAUCUGCACUGAUUAUCAAUCUAUCUUUUAACGUCAUCAAACUUUCGUAACUGAAGGUUAGAAACGUGUGUAUUUCAAAUUGAAAAGCGUUAAAGCAAACACAGUAUCUUUUAUAGAAUUACAAUACCAUUAAAAGAUAAAAGUUGAGCAAAUCGAUGAAAAUUUUUCCAACCGUUUUUCAUAGCCAUCGACGCCCACUCUAAUACACCGUAUUAAGAUUUAUUUAUUUUUUUUUGUAAAAGGAUGUAAUUAAUCAUACAUGUUAGCAUAGUUGUGGGUGAUGCGUGUGCCCAAUAUUUUGUCAAGCUAAAAAACUUGGAAAAUGUGUAUCAUUUAAUGAUUUUCAAAAGUGCAGGUAUGGCGUCAUACUCGAUGUCAAAGAGAUUCAGUUAGAUGUGCGGUCUCCCACUACGGAGAUAUCCUACUGUAAAAAAAAAAAGGGUUCAAUUUUAGAAUUGAUAUUUCCUUUUCGAGAAUAUCUUUAAAAAUGGUUAAAUAUAUACUUGUUCUCACUGACUUCUAAUGAUAAAGUAGAAAGUGGAUUAAUGCAGAUUUGGUUUUGCAUAUGUAUUUUUCUAAUUUUCAUUUACAGCCAAUGAAAAGAUAACUCUAAAUUGAUUUACUUCUUUUUAUUUGCUUUUUUAGGGGGGGGGGGGGGGGGGAAAUUAAUUAAUAGUUUCUCAGGCCAAACAUUUCAAAUUUUGAUGAGGCAGGCAGAUAUUUUUUUUUUACUUGACUGUAGCAUGAGUUAUCUUUCCUUUCUCAUAUAUAGAAUAAGCAAUGAAAUAUGGAAUGUUUAUUUUUAUGAAAAAUAGCUUCACGUAACUUACUAUAAAAAUGUAUUUUAUAAUUCUUAAACAUUUGCACAUAAUUAAGUUUGCAUUCAAUAAUAAUUUGAAUUAAAGAUACUUUCAAUCUUGUUAAACCCUUCUAAAAGUUUGACAUGGGUAUCUAUAACAAGAGUUACUUUAAUAAAUAUUAAUUGAAAACAAAUAAGUUCAACGGAUGCGACGGGGCCUGAGAAGCUAAUGAGUAAAUUUGUUUGCCUUAAUUUCUCUCUUCUGUGUUGUUGUGGUAGAUCGUGUAAAUGAAAUUCAUGUUCUUCCGCCCAGUCUGAUCACUUGGAUAAGACAAUACAUGUAUAACCAAAUGACAUUAAGUAGGGAUACAGACAGCUUAAGGACAAGCUGUUAGAAUUUCACUCAGUAAUCUAAACAUAUAGAUGGUAUAUGGCACUUUUGUAUAAAUAGUUCUCACAGAGCAAGUGUACAUAAAUUAGCUCCCUUUACACUCACCGGCCCUUUUGUUUCCCCUCGAACGGGUUGUGUUCAUUGUGCUGGAAACCACUCACGUUAAUGUAACUUUUAUGACUGGGUGAAUGUGAUUGUUGGAUAUUUUGAAAUUAUUUGUGCAAUUCAUCCGUCAACAGUACAUGUUUUACAGAAUUAAAAAAAAAUAUAUAUACCCAUAUUGCGGGUGUAUCACUCCGCCCUAGUUUUGAAUGCGAACUAUUUGAUCCUUGUGUGUGACCGAAUGGAUGUGAUUAGCCUUUUGUGCAGUAAUGUUUCUCUCAUUUUGAGGAGCGGAUCUACACAAACAGGGAUGUGGUGUUGAGUGAUUCACGUUGUUAUUCUCUGCUUAGAAGGACAAGACACCUACCUUUGACCCGUGUGUGCAUUGAUCCGUAACUCGGGGUUAUAGCGUAGGUUAGGACGGGAAAACCCGUUGUUACUGUUUUAUUACUACAAUAAAUUCCCAUUACAAUCUUA